CUUGAGGGCCGGAAGUGGCGGGGGCGAAUCCCCUCGCGCGUGUACUGGAUCGGAAGUGGGGGAGCGGUGUUCCCCGUAAAUCUGCUCCCGGGCCCAAGAUGGCGGCGCCCACGCGGCGGCACGACAUGGAUGCGGCUCCGGCUGCGAAGCGGCCUCGAGGGCAGCGGCGGCUCCUGGUCAUCCUGGAGGGGGCCAGCCUCGAGACUGUGAAGGCCGGCAGGACGUACGAGCUGCUGAACUGCGACAAGCACAAGGCGCUGCUGGCGCGGAGCGGCCGUGACCCGGGCGCCGUCAGGCCUGACAUCACCCAUCAGAGCCUCCUGAUGCUCAUGGACAGUCCCCUGAACCGGGCUGGCUUGCUGCAGGUGUACAUCCACACACAGAAGAACGUGCUGAUUGAAGUAAACCCUCAGACAAGGAUUCCCCGCACAUUUGACCGUUUUUGUGGUCUGAUGGUUCAGUUGCUGCAUAAACUCAGUGUCCGAUCAGCUGAUGGACCGCAGAAACUUUUGAAGGUAAUUAAAAAUCCAGUGACUGAUCAUCUUCCUGUGGGCUGCAUGAAGAUAGGCACUUCUUUCUCAGCUCCUGAUGUGACAGAUGCACGCAAACUGGUUCCUGAAGAACAGCCUGUUGCUAUUGUUGUGGGAGCUUUUGCCCAUGGCUCGCUGGAUGUUGACUAUACAGAGAAGAUGGUUUCUAUCAGCAACUAUCCUCUUUCUGCUGCAUUGACUUGUGCCAAGAUCACUACAGCCUUUGAGGAGGUUUGGGGAGUGGCAUGAGCCCUUUUGUUCUUGCCCUGGUGAAAAUGGACUCCUUACAUAUUGCAGAUUUUGGUGCUGUUUUACUGAAGUCUGUAUGUGAGACAGCCUUCGGCUCCUGUCCUUUCCAAAGAGGAGCAAGUGCACAGUUGAGAGUUUUUCUCUGCUACUCCUGAGGGUCAGAUGCUAAGAAAGGCCCUUCAGGGGUAGCUGUUUACUUUCAACAUAUUAAAAGCUAUUUUGAUACAU